GGCAGGACUCUUCCCUCCUGAGCCUUUGCCUAGGGCGUGAGCUAGAGAUUUUCUCCGCACUCCCCUUCCAACCCCCGCGCUGCUCAUCAACACGCCCCCCCCUUCACACCCCCUUCUCUCCGCCCCUCCGGCGGGGGGAGCCGUCCUCUGGGAGUGACCCAGCCCUGGCAGACCCCUCCCCGCAGACCGCGGCCAGGAGCCCACCGAGGGGGGCCGGGCUGGAUCAGGCAGAGCGAGCGCCCGGAGCCUGCGGCACGCACCCGGGGCAGCGUUGGUGCCUGGCCGGUGCUGAGCGCACAAGCCCCGCGAGGGGACGCGCCGGAGCCGGUGUCCGCUCAGAGCUGCGGGGAGAUGCUGAGGAGGCGGCGGGUCUUCGCCGUGGAGCCGCUCUGGAGCCGAGGAUACUUCCUGGAGUGUGAGGCAAAUGUGGUCUAGUGGACCGAGCAUGAAGCCAGAGUCCAGGAAUUCAUGAGUUGGUGCGUGACCUUGGAUGGCGCACAGAAGCCCUGGGAGAGCUGCGUGGUGCUAACCUCGGCCAGCAUCUACCGCAAGCUGCAGGAAGCCUCUGGAGAGAGCACGGAUCCCGCUCCCGAGCCACAGCGGGGCAGCAGAAUGAGCGGCGAGCUGGGUUUAUGGGACCAGGCCGGGUCACCGACGGAGCCUGACCUCCCCCAGCAGCUGGGCCUCUUCCCGAAGAGCGGGCGGCUCCUCAAGUCGGAGUCUGAGGACUCUGGGGUGGAGAUGGCCGGCAACGAGAACUCGCCCUCCACCCCGCUGGGCUCGGAGAGCAGCUUCUCCCUGGACUGUCUUGAUGGCUUCCAGCCCUCCACCGCAGACUCUGCUGCCAGCGACCCAGAGGAGGGCUGCCCCGAAGCAGAGGGGCCAGAGGAGCCGGAGCCUCUCCGGGAGCGGGCCUACCUCCGGAACCUGUCGGUCAGCAAGAAGCUGGCCCAGGUGAUGCAGCGCUCCGGGAAGCUCCAUGCGCCCAGCCGCUCUCCCAAGCCACUCGGCCGGAAGAGCCUGAACCUGGUGGACUUGGAGCUGUUGGCUUCCUACGGCUUGCAGGAGCUGAGCGGUCAAGGUGGGGCUGCAGAGGGGCACAGCCAAGCCCUCUCUGGCCGCCGGAGCCUAGAGGAACAGAGCACUGAGUCCUGUGGGGAGGAAGUGGAGGUGCGGAGAGACCCCUCUUUAACCCUGCCAGGCCAGGGCCUGCGCUACCUGGAGCACGUCUGCCUGAUGCUGGAGAAGAUUGCCCAACUGCAGCAGGCCAACCUGCAGCUCCAGCAGCAGCAGAAGGCGAUGGAGAACCGGCUGUGGGGCCAGCAGGCUGAGAACGCGGUGCCCUCUGAGGAGAGGCCAUGCAGAGCCCCAGAAGAGCGGGGACUGUCCGAGCCGGACCCAGCACCUGAGAGCAGGGCGGAGGUGGAAAUGCAGGAGGAGGAUUUGCCUCUGGACUCUUGGAGGCCCCACCACUUCAGGGCGCGCUCGGUCUCAGACACCGGGGUGCUCCAGGACCUGACCAGGAGCUCAGAGAACAAGCCGGUCUGCUCCAGGAAGACGGCAAUGCACUGCGUCAGCUCACCCACCCUGCUGGAUCAGCCGGACUCGGGAGCCCAUACCCUACCACCAAACAUGAGACCCAGGAAUGACCGCUCGCACUGGGGGAAAGUCAAAGUGCUGAUCAACAGGAUCACCAGGAAAUCCAUCCGGGCCAGCGAGCCCUCCCCGUUUGGGGAGUCGGCCGUCGACAGCAGACACUGUCGUCUGGAAGCUUCACUGGAGAAACACGGCUCCCACCCCAGGAGGAGCUUCCUGCCAGCCCUGGGGGUGAAGAAACACCGCUCGAAAACCCUCUCUGUGCGCUGAGUGCCCCGAGGCCGCGGGAGCCUCUUGGAGACAGGAAGGAUUUAAAGCUGCUGAGGCUUCCCUGCCGUGAACGGGGGAGCAGUAUACACUCUCCAUAAAGGGUCCCCUUCAUCCCCCUGCCCCCUCGAUGCUGGUUUGGAUUUCCCAGUCUCGCCCGCUUCGAUGAGGCUGAUGGGAUUUCUGGCUCUUCUGUGGAAAAAGGAGGGCGGCGAGGGGCAGGUGUUGCUCUGCUUCUGUUCCUGUGGAGCUGUGACGUAGAAGCCAAGCAACCGUGGAUCAAGCCUGCAUAGACAUCUGAACACUGGGGUGCACGCUCUCCCUACUAACCCCUCGUGGUGGGCAUGCUUAGGAUGCCCAUUCCUCCAUUGAGGCAGGUCCUCAAGGAAGCUGGGUGAGCCCCAGAAGGCCUCUGGUGUCUGUUUACACACACACUCUCUCUCUCUUGCCCAGCAUCUCCCCCGGGUAUGUUUGUCUUUAGCAGGCUGGUUCUGAAAUCUUGCUACUUCCUAGCUUGCAGCGUGCUGCUGCAGAUGCUAGGAGGCGCUCCCGCUGCGCUGCUCGCUGACUCACUCCCACCACCUUCAUCCUCCUGUGACUGCAGGCAGCUCCAAGGCUGCUCUUGGUAUCCGGGUCUCAACGGUGGGUAACAAGGAGCCUUGACCACUGGGCCGCUCUCCCGCAGACCUUAACGGAACUACGGGGCUGACCUGUGUGCAACCGGAAGUCUCCCUUCCUCCUAAGGGGAUGUCCAUCCAAACUCCCGUUCUGUUCAGCCCCCGUGCGUCGGCUAGGACUCCAGUGCUGGGGUCUCUGCACAGCAGUGAGAAAUCCCCGGCAUUGUCAAACGUGAACGAACUCCUCUGACUGCUUAGUGGACCACUACUAGCACCUGGUCAAUUUGUAAAUGCACCAGUGUAUUUGUAUGUAAUGUGUUUAUAUGGUCUGAUGGAGAGAGGUGCUUAUGGAGGCUGAUGGAUUCUUAGACACUUAACAAAAAUAAAUUCCCACUGAGUUUUGCAUCCUGA